ACCUAUCACACCCUUUCUGGGCAGUGAACAAGGGUUCCAUUUUUUUUUCCCUUUUCCUUUAGAGUACAUGCAUUCAUAGGUACCUAACUACCUUCACACCUACUUGCCUCUCCUCUCUUUGCUUCUUUUUUAUUGUUUUUUUUUCUCUCCUCCGCGUUGCUCUCCCAAACAUUCUUCUACCAUUCUCCAUCCCGAAUAGAUCCUACUGCUGCAACACAAGCGCCCGGCAUACCCUUCCUCCCGCAUGACUAGCCUUGUUCAGACUUAUCAAGGCGCUGAUCGAUACGUUACCUCACACAAUCCUCAUACCCUUUCUGGUGCUCCCAUCUUCUCCACGAUCUUUGUCGUCGUGCAACCAUCACUGCAGACCAUCUUUCGCUCCUACAUAUCACCUCGUCUUGGAGCCCAAUCAAUCCCAACUCGGUGUCAUCCAGAAUAUCUACCCCGACGUUACCGUUGCGCCUGCUCUACAAAAGUUUUCAAGGGGUUCGACGUGGAGGAAAGCAGCACACGAACGCGGCUCCUGUCUAUAACACUGGAUAUCGCGAUCGACAAGCGUCGCCCAGCAUCGUACUCGCCACAUACUGCUUGAUUGCCCUUCAAAGAGAAUUGCAGUGCGCUGACUAGAAGCAAAUCCCGCCAGUCUGGGAUACAUCAUCGAAGGCUCAGAAGACCGUCUAUUUUAUCUCCCGCUCUGUGAUGGUUGAAUGAGACGAAGUUGUGUGUCUCCUUACCGCGUGUAUUGGUCAGCUGCGACUAUUCCCUUUGGAAUAUCAUCGCCUCCUACCGCCUGACCGCCGUCAAGGGGCCAUAAAUCCCCGCCGGGUCAAGGACAAGCGACGGCAAGCACGGAAGCCUUUAAAUCUCACAACAUGUCCGCUCCGGGCCAGCUGGCUCGGAACCGCUCCGUCUCGAGUGCCCAAAAGUCUAGGGGCCGAGUCAACCAGGACUACCCAGCGAUGCAGUCCAGGACGCAGGACCGCGCUACGGUCAUGCGAUACUUCGAGCCCUGCGCCGCGACAGCAUCCAUGUUCCUGUAUGCGCAAGGCAGCUCGGUGGUCUGCUGUCACCACGACACUUUGACGAUAGAGCGGCGAUUUUCGAGGCAUUCGGAGGAGAUACAGCUCUUGGCGGUUGAUACCCAGAGCGAAACAGGGGCUGGACGUUUGGUGGUGAGCUACGACGCAGGGCAGACUGCCAUAGUUUGGGAUCUCAUGUCAGGUGACGAGGUGGCUCGUUUUGCUUCCUAUGAACACCUUACAACCGCUGCAUGGAUGCGUAAUGGCAACGUCGCUUUUGGCAACACCCAAGGAAACAUUAUACUAUUUGAGCCACAGACGUCAGAGCAUAUUUCUUCGAGAACACUGGACCAAAUAGCUGUGACAUCACUAGCUCCGUCCGCGGAUUGCCGGACAUUCGCAAUCGGGUAUCAAAAUGGGUCUCUACUCAUUGCAAAUCUUCAGCCGAGGUUCACCAUUUUGCAUAAUCUGACAACCUCACGAGGCCCAUCGCCUAUUGUAAAUCUAGCCUGGCAUGCCUCUUCAUCGAGGCAGAAAUCAGACAUGCUUGCUGUGCAAACUAACGAUGGAGACCUUCGUAUUUGGAGCGUGGCAAAGUCCUACAACAACGCCGACCCGGCCAAAGUUGUGAGAAUUCUCAAAAAGACCGAGAACUAUCUGAUCGGUCCAAAUUGGAUGGGGUGGUCAAAGAACGGAAGGAUAAUUCAGUUCUCUGAAAACGAGACGUUAUCUUGGGACGUCCGGACUAAGCACGUUACCCAGGACAGCAUUCCAUCGUUGGAACACGUCCGAGGAUUAGCUGUUUAUGGCCCAGGCGCCAGUCUUUUUACGUUGGGUGCCAACAAUACCGUACAACAGUUUGAUCUCAACGCACCUGCGAUGAUGGUCGCCAAUGUUCAGCACCCAGCUAAUCUGCUGCCACCAUCUCCGCCUGUGUCAAUCGAGGAGCAAGAAAAGGCAGCGGCCGCGAGUAACUCGGAGUCGGAGAUAUCUAUUUCGAUCGAGCCAAUGACGUCCGAGAGCGAAGAGGAAAGGAUGUCACCGCUCGCCCGCAUGAUUCAUUCUAGGGACACUGCCUCGAGCGGUCCGGGGAUCUUCAGGCCUGAUAGCUCACAGUCAAGCCACAGUGGCACCUCCGAGAUUUCGUCGACCAGCUCUCAAACGCCUGGGAGGUACCAACCAUCAGCCCAUUCGCGAGGCCUUACGGAAAACACGUAUAUAUCUGCAGGGUCAUCAAUGUUGUCAUCGGCAGCACCACAUUCUUCUCGGCAUCGUGACCGAGACUCGUACUCCAUUGGAAGCCUCAGCUCUGUGUCCAUGGCUUCAUCUAGCGGCCGUCCGUCAAAACAUCGCCCCUCACGCCUUCGAAAUGAGAUUCCGCGCAGCCCAGAAGACUCGAGGGUCGAUGAUCUCUUCAAAUUCACUCGAAGUCGCCUCAGCGAUAUCCCUUACAAAAUGCCAGCCAUGGCAGAUGCCUCGAGGCUCACCAAUGACGAUCUUCGACGACAGAUGUUGAGCACGAUUUUCGGCUGGAAUCGCGAGGUAGACGACUUGAUUCGAGAUGAAUUAAGCAGGCACCCCAACUCCUCAGCUAACCGCAUCCUGCUGUCAAAAUGGCUCGGCGACAUCGAGCCGGACAUUAUCGCAACCAGUUCAGCCAACAUGACCUCUUCGGAUUGGAUGCUUCUGGCUCUGAGCGGAAUCGGGGGACAGGCAUCUCAGCACAAGCUUGGGCGUGCUUACGUUCAAAGACUUCUUGAGAAUGGUGACGUACAUGCGGCUGCCACAAUCAUGAUCGGAAUGGGCGACCAGAUUGAUGCGAUUGAGAUUUACGUGUCGCACAAACGCUACAUGGAGGCUCUACUCCUGACCUGCCUCUUCUUCCCGUCGGUCUGGGAACGCCAAGCACAGAUUCUCAAGAAGUGGGGAGAUUGGGCUGUUCAGCACGGCCAGCAACAAUUGGCCAUUCGGUGCCUUGCCUGCAUAGGCAAAGAAUCUUCAGAGCCGUGGACUUCGCCCUCUGCAGCACAACUCAGUUUCGGUAGCCUGAAUGCCAUAAACUCUAGCAUCCCUGAGGUGCUCAGUCCUCCAUUGUCACCGCCAGGCAUGAACAGGGGACCGCAGCGCAGUAUCGCAAAGGCUUCAGCGCUGAAACUCAUCACUUCCUUUGGAGACCAAGGCGCAAAGGCCAAGUACUUUGCAGGCGACGAUGGACAGACGCCUAUUGCCGCAGGCGUGACGCCUAUCGCCGAGUCUGCAAUCUCCCCCGGCGCCUUUGACCCUGCCACCGCUUUCAUCCGUCCCUCCCAACGAAGUGCCUUCCCCACGCCCAGCUCCGCGCGUCCUUCGAACCAAAGCUUUGGUCGACAUCGCCUGCCUUCGAUCGGAGAGGCGACAGGAAAGGGCGAGCAGCGUCGACGCACGCCCGGCCCAUCGUCUCCUGUACUAGACCGUGACGGCAAGGGGCAUUUGAGAGGACCGUCAUACGAUUACUCCAACAACAACUUGAACGAGGCCGAGGCGAUCGGCCGUGCAGCAACUGCAAGCCCAAUGAUGAUGCGGGACAGCCACCGCAGGAGAGAGCCGCCGCCUCCAUCGCCCUCGCCUGCUUCGAUGGCCAUGCUCAUGGAUCAUCAGGGUGGGCGCACGAGCCGCAACGGGCCGCGUAAUCGCAUUCCUCAAGGAAUUGACUUGCAACUGCAGCCCAUUGAGCCACCAAAUCAGAGCAGUGACGUGACUUCUCCCGAGCAGUCUGUGGCCUCUUCGACUAGAUUUCACUGGCCAAGCCGCCGGCGGGGACCCGGCUCCGUAGCCAGCUCAGUCACCUCUGCAACUUCCAGCGUAGCAAAGGCACAUCGUGCCCGAGGAUAUGGCCACCCUGGUAAAACUCUCGAUGAUUAUAUUCACAGCAUGGACAACACGGCUGGCAGGCGUGCGACCAGCCGUGGACGCGGACGGGACUCGAGCAAGACCAGGAAGUCCAAGUCUCGCGAAGCAUCUCUUGACCAUGAUCAGCGUGGGCGUGAGACUUCGAGAGGAUACACUCCACGAGCUGGCAAGCGAUCUCCUCGAUCACCUGUCCCCAUGUCUCCUGAGGAACUAAUCAAUCUCAGCACCCCAAAAACGAAUGAUGCCAGAAGAGGGGGCGAUGGAUCAGUCAUUGAGAUUGCCACAGAUCAACCCAGCACCGUCCGAAAAUUAAGCAGCAGUCAGAUUCGGCAUGCGUCAAGGACUCGAGCAAACGGUGGUAGCCGGCCUUCCAGCCGUGGACGGCGAACGGCCAGUCCCGAAAGGAUCGGUCGCGAGCGCAGCAGUGGCAGGAAUGCAUCACCUCCAUCUCCAGUACCAAUGUCGGCCAUCCCAAGAGAUUUCUCUGGCUCAGAGGAGGAGAAUGACUAUAUGAGGGCGAUUGAGGCAAAGGAAAGGUUCCGCAAGAAGAACACUCGUAGCAGUAGCCGGGGUUUCCGUAACGCCUCGCCGGGGUCGGCUUCCCACCGGCUGAUGAGCGACAGGAGACCUUCCAAGGAGUCUGCAGGCUUUGGUGAGGCUGAGGAUGCCGUCAGCUCGCUUCGCAGGAUCAAGGACGAGAGACAGCUCAAGAAAGAGGCAGCAGCUCGAGAGCUUGAGGAAAGACGCAAGUCACUGGCGCGUAGACCUGCUGCACCGCCGAUCCCACACCCGGAUGAGCUGUCACCUAUUGUUACUCGAGGCCCGGCCUUCUUCGAGUCGGCCUUGCCCAGCACGGCCUUUGUGCCACCCAGAGAUCUGCCCACACGCAGUCGCACGGUCGAGCCGGGAGAGUCAAGGAGCAUGUAUGCCAACCGUCAACCCCUUAUCGGGCUUCCUGCCACACCCAAGGCGAUGCGCUUGAUCCUGGAACCAGAGACUGGAGGUGUGCCGGGAGUCCCUGAAAUUCCUGUCACCUUUGCCCAGAGAGCCUCCCCAACACAGUCCAACGCAUCUCCAAGGCAUUCCCCCGAGAAAAGUGAGGCGGUGGCCAGAGCGGAUUCCGAGCAGACCAAGGCGCCCCAAGAGAAUCUUCUUACUUUACUGCCCUCCACCGUCUACAGCCCUCCCGUGCGGCCACCAAUUUCUCGUUGCAUGUCAGCGCCACCCGAGGAGCCGCUCGCCCCCAAGACUUUCAAGCCUUCUCAGCAAUCCAGCUCUCGCCAGGCCAAUGACCGUAAGAUGAGCACACCGGACGUGUCUUCGGACCUUCGCCAGGCGGGCAACAUGAGGACAAUAGACGACAUGCUGGCAAACAACACCCAAAGGCCGACGCAUGAGUCCCAAGGGAUGCCACCUCCUCCUCCACCCCCUCCAGUGCUCAAAGAACUGCAGCAUCUUGCCAUACCCCCACCGCCGCCUCCUGCGCCACUUUCAUUCAGCCAAAAGUCGCAGCAACCUCAAGUCUAUGGAGGGCGUACCGCUGGAAUGAUCGAGAUAGUGAUGGACAAUGAUGACCAGAUCCCUCCUCCACCCCCUCCCCCGCCGCCAAUGACCAUGUCGGCGCCGCCGGUUCCUGUGGCUAUCCCAGUAAGCGAGGCCACCGUUCCUAUCCUCUCGCCACCGGCACCGCCAACGCCUAAGUCCAACCACCAGCGGGGUCGCAGCAGCAUCGACAACAGCAUCUCGUCGCGCAUCUCUCGUGUCACCGAUCGCGUUCGAUCCGCCAGCCGUAGCCGGACCAACUCUUCGAUGCUCUCGCGCAAGUCGCCCGAGCUUGCGAACCAAACCUCCCCAUACGAGAGCAUUGGGCCGCCCGUCAGCUUCUCUGCCCGCGCUGUGGCUCAGGUCCAGCAGCAGCAGCGCACUCAGACUGGUCUUCAGCCCAGUGAGAUGUUUUGAUGGAAGAACCCCCAUCAAAUUUCUUUCUCGUUUGCUCACACUUAUUCUUGUUCUCUGCCGUUUUUACUCUUCUACUACCACAUCUAAUUCUGUCGAGGGCACGCAUCAUAUAUAUAUACAUGAGCUUGCUUUCUCUACUCCUUUUUUGCAUUCAUCAUGCCUACCUACUCUGCAUGGCGGCUGGCGUUUUCCGUUUGAUUUUCGCAAGAUCACGCUCCCGAAGGAGCGAAGACGUGCGUGAAUAUCUUCAUCGAUGACAUAUACCAUUGUGGGAACUUUUUAGCUAGCAAACUUGACUUUUUCUGCUCUAUUCAGUUGGCACACUUGGUCUUGCCUUUGUCACUUGCACCAUUUAUGUCCUUCAUUGCCUGCUAUGGCUCCAUCAUUUCUUGUGAUCCAAAGCAUUUGCAUUAGCGCUGGAUAUGAUUCUUCGCCAUUUUUUCUUUUUGCCUUCGUCCUUUUCUUUUUCCUUUCUUCCAGUACUUCGCAAAAUCUUAUUCUAUUUCACAGCCCGCGGGCUUCUUACUGAUGAACUGAUGACUUUUCCUUGUUAUUAUUCACUCUCUUGUUUUCAGCCUUUCUUUUCCAGCUUACUUUUACUUGUCUGCAACCUCGUUCGGAAGAGAGUGAGGAGACGGUGUACAGAACCACAAAAAGAGAAGAAGCACAAGGCCCCAGGGCCCCAGUUCUGCGACAUUUGACAGUCGUAUGUCGGCAUAGGGCAGGCAAAAGAAGACGAAACCCAUCAAUGAGAUGGCAAAAGGGUAUAUAAGAUGGUCUGUUUUGUUCAAAUUGGUUUCCGAUGCGCAGAAGGCGUCCUAUGCUGUCGGGUUGGGCAUGGAAUUAAUGGAGCACUCAACGAUUGAUAUAAUCAGUUGCCUCACGGCCACUUGUUUUUAGUUAGUUCUUCUCAUUACCUUUAUUUCGUACUCAACCCCAAAAGCCAAAGAAUCAAAAUCUUACUUUUCUUCUUCAAUUCUGCAAU